CUUUGGCAGCUGCAUAAAGCAUCCCGCAUUUCCAACGACGACAUCGUGAUCCGAACAGCCUUGCAGCAAGUUAGCUAGCUUCCCAACUUUACCCCCAAGUCGCUUUGAUGGUUUAAUUGCCCGAGGACACGAGCUGCAGGAAGUCAGCUCCGAACGAACAAGGGGGGAAGCUCCAUUUACAUCUCGCGGCUGCGACUUCAACCGACCGACGACAGCUUCGUUGACCGCGCUGCGGGCUCGUCAGGGCCCCCAACGCCGCCGACAUGAACCCCGUCACGCCAAUGCGCCAGAUCCCUGGGGCAUUUAUCAACACGCCGGGACCGAACACGGUCCGGCGGAAGCUCAACUUCAAUGAGACUGCUGGUCCUGGCGCGAAUAGCACAGUCGGGACCACAACAGCGCCGAUAUCAACCGCUUUGGGGGCGGGACAGCCAGAAAUUGCUACGGGCAUGUUGCCACCGUCGCAACCCCGAGACGAUCUGCCUCCUGAGGCAAAGGCCGCCCAGGUCAUCAACCAGACUCUGCAGCUCGAUGAGAGCUACCCCGACCUUGACUCUUAUUGCAGACCUGGCGCGUCGUCCGACUACGAGAUCCAAUUCGCCGAUUCAUCAUGGGCCCCGUUCCACAAGGUGUCAUCGUAUCCCAUACCGGAUCAGGUGUUCUCACGCCUAAACCAGGGCGCCGUGUCUACCAAGAUUGGCUUGUUCGCUGACAUAAACUACGCCUGGGCUGCGAUUGACGACUCCCUCUUCCUGUGGGAUUACACACAUCCGGACCCAGAGCUUAUUGGGUACGAGGAUGCCACCCACACCAUCACAGCUGUCGCUCUUGUGCCGCCCAAGCCAGGCGUGUUCGUCAACACCAUCACGCACAUCUUGGUGGUUGCCACCACCAGUGAGAUUACUUUGCUAGGUGUCGCCGCUACUCCCACCCCGUCCGGCUCCAAGACGGUCACGCUGUAUCAGACGAAGAUGGCGGUCCAUCGCGGAGGGAGCGACGUCAGCUUCAUCGUUGGCACCACAACCGGCCGCAUCUUCCUCGGCGGCGACACCGAUACAGAUAUCCAUGAGCUGUUCUACCAGCAGGAGGAGAGGUGGUUCUCGAGCAGGUGCGGCAAGAUCAACCACACGCAUCCGGGGUGGUCGUCGGUCGUCCCUAGUCUUCCGCUGGCCGGACUGCCGUUUGGCCAGCGGCAGCAGGAAGGACUCAUCGCCCUUGUUGUUGACGACACGCGGAAUCUCCUCUAUUCGCUGUCCAACCGCUCGACCAUCCGCACCUACCACAUGGAGUCUCCCGAGAAGCUUACGAGGGUCAUCGAAAAGGACAAGAUGAGCUGUCUACGCGACUUUGCCCACAUGGCAGACAGCUCCCCUCUCUUCACUGAUCGUACUAAUAUUGUCUCCUUGAGUCCCAUCGCCGCCACCGAAGCUUCAAAGCUGCAUCUCAUGGCUCUCACCGAUACAGGCUGCCGCCUUUUUCUGAGCGCCACUAGCUCCGCGUCGUACAGCAUGGGAGGGUCCACAAGUCUCGCACCGCAGAGCAUGCAGCUUCAGUUCGUCAAGUUUCCGCCGCAGGAACCAGGAGCCCGGUCCCGGACCAUGACAAGUCAGACCGCUGAGGGGCAAUUAGACAAGACCUCGCGAGCGCUCGACCCCAGUGGUCUCGGUGUCCGGUUUGCGCCGGGCUAUUUCUUUGACGUCGUCCGGAAACAGCCCAGUGCCGAUAUUCUCUUCGUCUCUGCACCGGAUACGGGCAAAAUCAAGAUCACCACACCCACGUCGUUGCUCAAGUACUUUGAGCAAGGGACCUGGAUUGACCUGGCGAGUGGCAGCCGGAUUCUGGAGAUCGGUCUGACGACACCUCCGUUCUCCGCCUCAAAGCAGCCCCUUGGUUUUGGCAAUGAGCUCGCCGUCCAGUUCGAUAAUUCCCCGUCGGAAUUUGCGAUACUCACUAACACGGGAGUACACGUCGUCCGCCGGAGGAGACUUGUCGACAUCUUCGCCAAUGCGCUUAGGACGUGCGCUGGUGACGAGAGCCUUGACCGGGAGGUGCGAAGGUUUCUCCACCAGUACGGCCGCGUUGAGACCGUCUCCGCGGCCCUGGCAGUCGCAUGCGGUCAGGGGAGUGACUUGCGCACUGGCACCACCAGGACAACAGACAGGAAGACAGAAGACUAUGCCCGCAUGGCGUUCGUCGAGUACGGUGGCCAGCCAAGACUUAGCGAGUCGGACGGAAAGCAAGCAGUGUCAGAGUGCGUCCGGCUCUCUUCACGGCAUGACGCAUUGGCUCUGUACCUCACCCGUCUGAUCCGGAUGCUCUGGAAGUCCAAGGUCGUCGGGAUCGGAGCAGAGAUCUCGUCGACCAUUCCGACCACCAAGCUCGUCAUGAUACAGGAGAAUGUGGAGCGCCUCCGGAAUUUCCUCGAAGCGAACAAGAGCACAAUCCAGGGGCUUGCUGGUCCACCCGAACGGCUAUACGGCAGACAGGAAGAAAUUGCCUUGCAGAAGGAGCACCAGGCUUUGCACGGCUUGCGGAAGCUGAUGGAGAGCGUCUCGGAGGGCAUCUCGUUCGUGCUGAUGCUGUUCGACGAGCGCGUCUCGGAUAUCUACGCCCGCCUGGACCCUACCUCUCAGCAACAGCUUCGGGAUCUAACCUAUGAGCAGCUGUUCUCUCAAGCUCCCGGACGAGAACUCGCCAAGGUGUUGGUUAAGGCAAUUGUUAAUCGCAACAUUGCGAGCGGCGCCAACGUCGAGACUGUUGCCGACGCUCUGAGAAGGCGAUGCGGUAGCUUCUGUUCUGCCGACGAUGUCGUCACCUUCAAGGCCCAGGAGCAGCUGCAGCGCGCCAGCGAGCAGACUCAAAAUCCCAACGCCCUCCGCACACUACUGGCCGAGAGCCUACGUUUGUUUGAGCAGGUCGCAGGCAGCCUCACCCCGGCUAACCUCCGGGGUGCUGUCGAGCAGUACAUCGAGCUCAAGUACUACGCUGGUGCCAUUCAGCUGUGCCUGACCGUAGCGCAGCAAAAGGACAGGGGGAACACGGCCUUGUCUUGGGUCAAUGAUGGCAAGCCGGCAAACGACUCGCGUAAAAAGGCGUUCGACGAGCGCAAGAUAUGCUACACGCUGAUCCACGAGGUUCUCGACAAGCUUGAGGUCGCAUUCGCAGGCGAACCUGAGGUCAUCGAUGGACGGCCGACCAUCGCGGCCACGAAGCGUAUGGAGGCGUACUUGGUCGUCAACGACUCAAAUGACGAAGUCUUCCAUUUCGAUCUGUACGAAUGGUACAUUGAGAAAAAUUGGACCGACCGGAUUUUGUCAAUCGACUCCCCACACGUCAUCACGUACUUGCAGCGGCUGGCAGAGACUGACUACCAGCACGCGGAGCUCCUCUGCCGAUUCUACACACACCGCAGCCGCUUCUUUGAGGCCGCCCAGGUCCAGGCGGCGCUGGCAAAGUCAGAUCUCAACAUUGGGCUCAAGGACCGCAUCACGCUGCUCAGUCGCGCCAAGGGCAAUGCCAGUGUUAACACCAUUGGCAUUAGCCGUCAACAACAGCAGUUGCUCAACCAUGAAGUAACGGAACUUCUCGAGAUUGCGCAUAUUCAGGACGAUUUGCUCGAGCGGCUGCGGGCAGACCCCCGCAUUGCGCAGGAGAAGUUGCCCGAUAUCGAGGAGGCUCUUGACGGGCCGAUCAAGGGCGUAACUGAGCUCUACAACGAAUACGCCGACCAGGCCGCCUACUUCGACCUCUGCCUCCUCAUCUUCCACGCCGCAGACUACCACAACCCCCGCGUCAUCAUGGACACGUGGUCCCAGCUUCUCGAGCAAACCCACUUCGAAACGGAACAGCGCCAGACGCACUGGGCGCUCGUUCAAGCAGGCCGCCCGCUUCCUGAAGGUGCCCCGCCGCUCACGGGCGAACCCCCUCUGCCCUACGAGUCCGUCUCCCAGGUCAUCCAGCUCAUCGCCCACCGCACGUCGCUCGACAGCCUCGUCUUUCCCGUUGACGCCCUGCUGCCCGAGGUAUGCAGAUAUGCGGUCAACCAAGGCCAGGACGCGUCCAUCGGCGCCGACCCGUGCUGGCCCGUCAGGCUCUUUAUGAACCUCGGCGUGCCGCAUGCGCUAGUGGUGCAGGUGCUCGAGAAUGUGUUUGAUGCGCAGGAGGCGCCGUUCACAGGGAAGCGGAGGAAGGCAGUCGUGCAGUGGAUCGCGGCGGCCGUGGAGGCGUGGGUGAGGGAGGUGGAGAGGAGGGCUGCUGGGGUCGGGGCCUUGGGUGGUGGCGGUGCGGGUUCCGGUGGUGGUGGUGGUGCUGGCGGCGGGGAGGGGGCCAUUGGUGCGUGGGUCAGUGAGUUGCUUGCCAGGGCGGAUGAGUGUUUGGUGCAGAUUUCGCCGGCCGCGCCGGCUAGUGCUAGGGCUGGCGGCGCCGUGUCGGCUGAGGUGGAGGAGCUGUUGGAGCUGAGGCGGGUGGUUAAGGCGCUCAAGAGAAGUGUGGAUGGGAUUUUGGGUGGGGAGGGGUUGCUUGGGGGAAGUUUGUUUCGGUGAGACCGGUUUAUGGCACGAGCAAGCGGGGCAUGAGCAUGAAACAGAAAAUAGUGAGGAGUGGAAGGGUAGGGGAAUCGCUGUUGGAUGGGUGUUCUAUCAGACUCUUGCAGGAAAGGCGAGAUGAUGUUGCAAAGAAGAUGUUAGCUUAGAGCAGCGUGCUUGCGUGUGACGGUGUGACUGUAGUUUGGGGUUUGUGUUUGGUCAGGUAUAAUACUACGGAUGUACAUACAUACUACUAAGGGCGAUUCAGGUUUUGCCUGUGAAAGGUGGCGUCUUCUGGCUGCCGGUGCUUGAUAUGCAGGUAAAACAAGAGGC